GGAUGGAGUUGUCUGUUGUCUGUUGUCUGUUGUUCUGACUCAACCCAUGUUGCCUCUUCGGUCUGAUGACAUAGUUGUUCUUUCCUCAAGAUCAAAACAAAACUGUUGUUUUCCUUUAUCUUUUCCAAAAUAGCUAGCUACACCAUGACUAUCUACCGUGCAAGGCUCCUGCUCUCCAGUCUGCUCGUUUUGGGGGCACUUUCAGGAACCAACUGCUUCCAGCCUUUACCCCGUACUCUUGGGAUAACCAAACUCGCCGCUGCCAAACUUGAUGUAGACGGGGGAAAGUCGAAGGCGCUGCCUGGCAGCAGUGACGAAUCCACCAACUACAAUUACAUUGGUUUCAACACGGACCAAAAUACCCCCUACGUCCCUUCGGGCAUGUCACCAGAACAAUAUGCACAAAUCAAAAAGACGGAAGCCGCCAAAGCGGCCAGUAUGGACUUUGGAGCCUGGGGACCACGUUUCAAACAGACUGCGGCGCCGGGGGGAGACUGGAUGGUUAACACCAAUUUAUGGGUCAAGGGAUUCCAACAACAACGGGAUGUUGCCUUGUUGUCGCAAGAUGAUGUAGAACGACAAGAAACUCGACAACGACAAUGGAACGCCGUCAAGAGCACGCUUCCCUCGCUCUUUUUGGCCUAUCUGAUGGUGGAUAUCCUGCUCAUUUCAUUGGCGUCCGUCCGAUCCACCCAACAAGUCGUGUGGUCGGUGCUAAUGGCCCAACAAGGAAUCCUUCAAGCCGCACGACAACACACCACUGUGGUGUUUGGUAAACUACACGUUCUUGUACUCAAGCUUUCCCUGGCGGCCGUGGCAACGCCCUUUCUGCACAAGUAUCGAGAUAUUGCCAAUCGACGAUGGCUCUGGUCGCCAAGAAAAAUUGUUGCGACACCUUUGCUGGCCGCGGGUGCUAUGCUGGCCGUAAAAAUGGCACUGAUUGUGGGCAUGAAAGCUGUUUUGCAGUGAUCAGGAAUCAAUCAACAAGACUACUCUAGCGGUCAUUUGCAAGCCUCAAUCAAAGAGCUUCACAGCAUUCUAUGUUCAGUUCAUCUUCCACCUUCCACUUCUUCAAGAGUUCAAAAGGAUCAUCAUUGACUUCAUUUCUAUUACCCGUACAUACUAUCCAUUCUAUGCACAUUGGACAACUAAAACUAGCAUCACGCUUGAUGGUGGAAGCACCUGCUAUAUGAUGUAUUUAAAAUCAAAAUUCAGUU